AACAAUACUUUACUGAGGCUGGCUUCACACUACUAGCAGUAGACUUCGCUCUUUAAACUGUUUCUCUUUCGUAAUCGUUACUAAUAUUUGGUACGAAAAAUGGCUCAAGCAGGGCUGUUACUUGACAAGGACCAAUUCAACUGUCCAAUAUGUCUGGAUGUAUUGAAGGACCCUGUUACAAUUCCUUGUGGGCACAGUUACUGUUCUUGUUGUAUCAAGGGGUACUGGGACCAGGACGAUUACAUGGGGAUUUAUGGCUGUCCUCAGUGCAGGCAGACGUUCAACCCUAGGCCUUUACUUGGCCGAAACACUAUGUUAGCCGACGUUGUGGAGAAGUUUUUGAUGACAGGACUCCAAAGUGAUCCUCCAACUCGAAGUUACGCGGGACCAGAAGAUGUGGAAUGCGAUGUUUGUACCGGAAGUGGGAGGAAAAACAAAGCUGUCAAAUCAUGUCUCGUUUGUCUGGCCUCGUACUGCGAGACCCACUUGCAACCUCACUACGACUCUCCAGCUUUCAAGAAGCACAAGCUUGUCGUAGCCUCAAAGAAACUCCAAGACACAAUAUGCCCUCGCCACGAUAAGCUGCUGGAAGUUUACUGUCGCACGGAUCAGAAAUGUAUCUGUUAUCUUUGUUUAACGGAUGAGCACAAAGGCCACGACACAGUUUUAGCUGAAUCGGAAAUGCACGAGAAACAGACUCAGCUGGGGGAGAUGCAGAAGAACUCCCAGCAACAAAUCCAGGUCAGAGAGAAGGAGUUGCAGGAGCUGAGACAGGCCAUCACCGCCCUCACACGCUCUGCACGUACAACAGUGGAGGAAAGCGAGAAGAUCUUCACUGACCUCAUCCAAUCUAUUGAGCUGAAGAGGUUUGAUUUGAGAGAGCUGAUUAGAGAUCAGGAAAAAGCAGCGAUCAGUCAGGCCGAGGGACUGCUGGCUAAACUGGAGCAGGAGAUCGCUGAGCUGAAGAGGAGAGACUCUGACCUGGAACAGCUUUCUCAUACGGAUGACCACAUUACGUUCCUUCAGAACUGUCAGUCCUUUAGGUCUAGUCCUGGGCUGGGAGACCUGCCUCCUGUCAACUUUGACCCCAACUUCACCUUUGGCUCAGUGAUGACAGCUGUUUCUGAAUUCAAAGAGCUCUUAGAAGAAGUCUACCAAGGAGGAUUUGUCAACAUCUAUGAAAAAGUGAGAAACGUUUCAAUUAUUGAGUCUCCGAAGUGCAACGAAGAAAUUGGAACAGAGACUGAAUCCACACAAAUAACCGCAAGACCUGCUGAAGACCAAAACACCUCUUGUCUCAAUCCCUUCCUCAGCCAAGUACCAGUACCCAACUUUGGCUUUGCCUUCUCACCCUUUGGGUCCAAGCUCUCGAGCGCCAGACAAAGGCCGAUGCAACGCCGUUCUCACACACGGAGGAAGUGACGUCGUCUAGUUCAUCAGAGCUGACUGGAUGUAGCGGCAACUGCUCAUGGACCUGAUCAGAAUGUCCGGAAUAAAUGAGCUAUCCUUACGACACAAAUGUAGGAUUGUAACUAGUGGUGUGCUACAUUUUAGAAUUGCUUUCCAAAACACGCCUGUGAUUUCAGUAUUAAUCAUUUUUAUUUAUCGGAAUUAAUGCUUUUUUUAUAUAACAUUUUUUAUUAAACAGAAAUCUUGAACAAUCAAUUUGUAAUAAUGUAUGGAAACAAACAUUCAAUAAAUAUACCGGACUAAA